CACACACACAGUCUAGUCUCUCUCACACACACACACCAUACCAGGAACAUGGCCCCUCUCCCUGCUAGCUGAUAGGAGACUCCCAGAGCGCUCUCCAGCACUGCUGCUGCUCCUGCUGCUGUUCCACCCACGGCCUGCAGAUGGCAGCAGGGGACGGCUUCCAGUUCCGCGCGCUCUUCGCGUGGGGGCGUGAGCGGCCUGGGGACCUGGCGCUGGCCCCGGGGGACCUGCUGACGGUGGGGCCAGGGCUAAGCCACGAUGAGGGCUACAGGCAGGGGUCAGAGGUCGCCCCUGCGGGCCUGGGUUGGCUCCUGGGGGUCAACGAGCGCACAGGCGACAGGGGCAACUUCCCUGGCACCUAUGUGGAGUACGUAGGCAGGGUCAAGACCGAUAUGCCCACUCAGAUGCCGCGUCUACAGAGGCCACUGCCCCCAACACCACCAACACACACCAAGCGAGGAGAGACAGGGUUGGACUCUGAGAUGCUCUACCGGACACACACCCUCAGAAAUGCAGCUGACCAGAGUGAGAGCCUGAGUGCCGAAACAGAUCUGAACCACAGCAACAUCCAAACCCUCUCACUCCGCCUGAUUGGCUACCUGCAGGACCUCCCAUCUCCCAUCAUGCCUUUCUCCGUCUUCCCACAGCUGAAGGCCACACUGGCAGAGGGAACAGGAGCUUCGGUGGGAGUGACGUCGGAUCUGAUGAAUGUUCUGGAGUCGUGUGGUGUUCCGUUACAGAACCUUCAGACCCUGCAGUACCUGCUGCAGCACCUGGAGCGUGUGUGUCAACACUCCCAACACAACGGCUUGGACACACACACACUCGGCCGCAUCUUUGGGCCUCUGCUGCUGCCUGUCCCUCCAUCAGGGCUGGAGGAGGAUGAGCAGGUUCCUGCUCAGGGGCUGGAGAGACUUCUGCAAGAGAGAAACUGGAGCUGGAACGAGGAGCACACACCUCCAGCUUUGCCACCCAAACCCUCCAAACCUGCCCGGAUGCCCUCCGUAACCGAUAGCGACAGCAAGCCAGCCGACACCGAGUGGUACUGGGGAGACAUUUCCAGGGAGGAGGUGAAUGAAAAGAUGCGGGAUAUGCCAGAUGGAACCUUCCUAGUGCGAGAUGCCUCCAGUAAAGUACAGGGGGAGUACACACUCACACUCAGGAAGGGAGGCAGCAACCGCCUGAUAAAGAUCUUCCAGAGGGGGGGUCGCUAUGGUUUCUCCGAACCCCUGACCUUCUCCUCAGUGGUGGAGCUGAUCCAGCACUACCACCACGAGUCCCUCGCCCAGUACAACAGCAAACUGGACACUCGACUACUCUACCCAGUCUCCAAACACCAGCAGGAGCUGCAGAUGAAGCGAACAGCCAUCGAGGCGUUCAACGAGACCAUCAGGAUCUUCGAGGAGCAGUUUGAGACGCAGGAACGCUAUGGGGGAGAGUACAUGGACAAGUUCAGCAAAGAGGGCAACGACCAGGAGGUGCAGAGGAUCCAGAGUAACUCUGAGAAGCUUCAUUUGCGUGUUACGGAGAUCCACGACAGCAAGCAGAGGCUGGAGCAGGACCUACAGCAGCAGGCAGCAGAGAACCGUGAGACUGACCGCAGGAUGAACAGCCUCAAGCCUGACCUCUUGCAGCUCCGCAAGAUACGAGACCAGUACCUGCUUUGGCUCACACAAAAAGGCACCAAGCAGAAGAAAAUCAACGAGUGGUUGGGCAUCAGGAACGACACAGAAGAUGUGUGCGCGCUGGUGUGUGAGGAAGAGGAUGCAGCCGCGCCCCACCUGGCGUCCCACCUGGACGAGCGGAGCUGGUACCUAGGUGACCUGAAGCGGACGCAGGCUGAGGAACUGCUGAGGGGACGCGCCAACGGAACCUUCCUGAUCAGAGACAGCCAGACCCAGAGGGGAUCCUACGCCUGCUCAGUAGUGAGUGGGAGAUUACUUUUAAGGAGAGGACUGAAGAACUUGUGGAAGAUUAUGGAGACAGCUGGCGGAUAAAGUUUGACGACAACAUCGAGCCAGACAACCCAGCCCAUGACUGGUUUCAGUAUAUCCGGGGAGCUUUUG